GCGAAACAACCUAUGUAAACGAAAGAAGAGGAGAGAGCCUGCAAAUUUGAAAGCUUCACCUGGUUCUUUCAUGGCUUCCUUGCUAAAAGCUCCCUCUCCUCUCCACAAUGCGUCACCUCUCUCUCUCCCACGUACCACCAUCUCCACCACCUUCCAGCCUCUCCUCCCACCGAGAUCGAAGCUCCGGCCGUGGCCUCUCGCCCUAAAGAGCAGUAAAACCGAAUCAUUUCUAACCUAUCUGCACGAACAGUUCGAGGACCUGCAGGAAGUGUUCGUAGGAAAAGUGAAGGAGGAAGAACCAGAGAAACAUCAGGGUCCCCUGUUGGAAAGGUGGCGCGAGAUACAGGGGGAGAACAAAUGGAAAGGUUUGCUUGAGCCCAUGGACCCAUUACUGCGUCGAGAGAUCAUACGUUAUGGGGAAUUCGCGCAGGCGUGCUACGACUCCUUCAACUUCAGCACCUACUCCAGAUACUGUGGAACUUGCAAUUACCCGAUGAGCAGCUUCUUCCGAGCUCUGGGCAUGGAUGACCUCGGCUACGAGGUGAGCCGCUACUUGUACGCGACUUCAGCCUCUAACCUGCGCAAAUUCUUCAGGAAAUCGUUGCACGCACAGGUGUGGAGCCAGCACGCGAACUGGAUCGGGUAUGUGUCGGUGGCCACCGACCCCAAGGUGGUGAAGGAGCUCGGGCGGCGGGACAUCCUGUUCGCCUGGCGCGGCACCGUGACGUACCUGGAGUGGGUGGAGGACGUGAUGGACUACCAGGUCAAGCCCAACUUUGGCCCGGACGCCAACGUGAAGGUGGAGUCAGGGUUCUUAGAUUUGUACAACUCGAAGGAGACCGCCUGCGGGUUUUGCUCCUACUCAGCCCGUGAGCAGGUGAUCUCUGAGACGCGCCGCCUAAUGGAGCGAUACAAGGAUGAAGGAAAUGAACUGAGCAUCACCAUCACCGGCCACAGCCUCGGAGGCGCGCUCGCAUUGCUCAGCGCAUACGACAUUGCCGAGACCGGUCUGAAUGUCCUCCCUGAUGGCCGGCGUGUGCCGAUCACUGUAUUUACAUUUGGCAGCCCCCGGGUCGGCAACCGGCGGUUCGCAGAUCGGUGUGAUGAGCUUGGCAUACACGUCCUGCGUGUGUUUAACAAACAUGACAAAGUGCCCACGGUACCAGGCAUGAUCAUCAACGAGGAUGUUGCCGUGCCUGACAUUGUGGCGGACAUCAUGCCGUGGAGCUACUCACACGUGGGGGUAGAGCUGGAACUCGACCACAAUGUAUCCCCGGUUGUAGAAGCCGGGCUCGCCAUCCCGGCGCGGCACAACUUGGAGCUCUACCUCCACUUGGUGAAUGCAUAUAAUGGGCCGAAAGGUGGCUUCAAACCAGCUUACAAGAGAGACCCGGCGUUGCUCAACAAGAGCGACACCAUUCUGAAAGAGAAAUUUCAUAUGCCGCCGUGCUGGCGUCAGGAUGAGAACAAGGGCCUGGUGCGGGCGCAAGACGGACGGUGGGUGGUGCCCGAGAGGACAAGCAUCGAUGCACACCCUCCUGACACCGACCACCACUUGGAGCAGGCACUCAAAAUUGCACCUGGUUCCUCUGCUACCACCUCUGCAUCUUCUUGAGACUGCUUGCCUCCUUGUCAUCUGCGUACAAAUCGAUCCACUUACUGUGCUUCUCGAACUGCUCAAUCUUCUGCAGCACCCGUGGAUUAAAUUCCUGUAGCUUUGCAUUUCUACAGUAUGGUUUGUUAAUGACACUAAGCGUUAAUAGUAAAUAAAGUGAGGAAUAAAUGGGGUUUUCUCCCCAAACAUUAGUGUUU